CAGCAAACCCCAGAAAUUUACUCCGUGGAGCUCAGCGGAACUAAGGACAUCGUGAAAACAGACAAGGGGGAUGGCAAGGAGAAGUACAGGGGUCUGAAGAAAAACUGCCUGGAACGCAAAAAGAAAAAUCACAAAGAGGAGUUUCAGAAAGAACUCCAUCUGGAUGACCACAAACUCAGCAAUAGGGAAUUGGAAAAGAAAUAUGGCACAGACAUCAUUACGGGUCUCUCCAGCACCAGAGCCGCCGAGCUCCUGGCCCGGGAUGGGCCCAACUCCCUCACCCCUCCCAAGCAGACGCCUGAGAUCGUCAAGUUCCUCAAGCAGAUGGUGGGGGGGUUCUCUGUCCUCCUGUGGGUGGGCGCCUUUCUCUGUUGGAUUGCAUUUGGGAUUGAGUACUCCAGCAACAAGUCUGCAUCCCUGAACAACGUGUACUUGGGCUCUGUGCUUGUCCUGGUGGUCAUUUUCACGGGGAUCUUUGCUUAUUACCAAGAGGCAAAAAGCACCAACAUCAUGUCCAGCUUCAAAAAGAUGAUCCCUCAGCAAGCUCUGGUCAUCCGCGAUUCCGAGAAGAAGACCAUCCCUUCAGAGCAGCUGGUGGUGGGGGACAUUGUGGAGGUCAAAGGAGGAGACCAGAUCCCCGCAGACAUCAGGGUGCUGUCUUCUCAGGGGUGCCGGGUGGAUAACUCGUCUCUCACGGGGGAAUCUGAGCCCCAGCCCCGCUCCUCUGAGUUUACCCAUGAAAACCCCCUGGAAACGAAGAACAUCUGCUUCUAUUCCACAACGUGUCUGGAAGGCACCAUCACCGGCAUGGUCAUCAACACGGGUGACCGCACCAUCAUUGGCCAUAUCGCCUCUUUGGCCUCAGGAGUUGGAAAUGAGAAGACGCCCAUUGCCAUUGAGAUCGAGCACUUCGUUCACAUUGUGGCAGGAGUGGCUGUCUCCAUCGGCAUCCUUUUCUUCAUCAUCGCAGUGUCCAUGAAUUAUCGAGUCCUGGAUUCCAUCAUCUUCCUCAUUGGCAUCAUUGUGGCCAAUGUGCCCGAGGGCCUCCUGGCCACGGUCACUGUGACCCUGUCGCUGACAGCAAAACGGAUGGCCAAGAAGAACUGCCUGGUGAAGAACCUGGAGGCUGUGGAGACCCUCGGCUCCACCUCCAUCAUCUGCUCAGACAAGACCGGGACGCUGACCCAGAACAGGAUGACAGUGGCCCAUCUGUGGUUCGACAAUCAGAUCUUUGUGGCUGACACCAGUGAAAACCAUUCAAGCCAGGUCUUUGACCAAAGCUCUAGGACUUGGGCCUCCUUAUCCAAGAUAAUAACAUUGUGUAACCGAGCCGAGUUCAAGCCAGGACAGGAAAAUGUCCCCAUCAUGAAGAAAGCUGUGAUUGGAGAUGCCUCAGAAACUGCUCUUUUAAAAUUCUCAGAGGUCAUUUUGGGUGAUGUGAUGGAAAUUAGAAAAAGAAACCGCAAAGUAGCUGAAAUCCCUUUUAACUCUACUAAUAAAUUUCAGCUCUCCAUCCACGAGACGGAUGACCCCCACGACAAGCGCUUCCUCAUGGUGAUGAAGGGGGCCCCUGAGCGCAUCCUAGAGAAAUGCAGCACCAUCAUGAUCAGUGGCGAGGAGCACCCACUGGAUGAGAGCACCGCCAAGGCCUUCCACACGGCCUACAUGGAGCUGGGCGGGCUGGGCGAGCGUGUGCUGGCCUGCUCCACUGACGUUUGCAAAGCAGUGGGCCAGGCUGAAAAUAAACUGGAUGUGAAAGCUGAUCACACGAUCUUGGAGGUCCCACCAGACACAAGAGUCCCUUCCACCUCAGCCCAUGAGAGGCUGAUGCCUUCUGAGAAAAGGGUUAUUAUGGUUACUGGCGAUCAUCCCAUCACAGCCAAAGCGAUCGCCAAGAGUGUGGGGAUCAUUUCAGCCAACAGUGAAACAGUGGAAGACAUUGCACGUCGCCUCAACAUCGCUGUGGAGCAAGUUAACAAAUGGGAUGCCAAGGCUGCUGUGGUGACUGGCAUGGAGCUGAAGGACAUGAGCUCGGAACAGGUGGAUGAGAUCUUAGCCAACUACCAGGAGAUUGUCUUUGCCCGGACAUCCCCCCAGCAGAAGUUGAUCAUUGUGGAGGGCUGUCAGAGGCAGGAUGCCGUUGUUGCUGUGACAGGGGAUGGAGUUAAUGACUCUCCGGCUCUAAAGAAGGCAGACAUUGGGGUUGCCAUGGGGAUAGCAGGUUCUGACGCAGCCAAAAACGCAGCCGACAUGGUCUUACUGGACGACAACUUUGCAUCCAUCGUCACUGGGGUGGAGGAAGGUCGCCUGAUCUUUGACAACCUCAAGAAGACGAUUGCUUACACCCUGACCAAGAACAUUGCUGAGCUGUGCCCCUUUCUGAUCUACAUCAUCGUCGGGCUCCCCCUGCCCAUUGGAACCAUCACCAUUCUGUUCAUUGACUUGGGGACAGACAUUAUCCCCUCCAUCGCCUUGGCAUAUGAGAAAGCUGAAAGUGACAUCAUGAACAGGAAACCUCGCCACAAGAAGAAGGACAGACUGGUGAACCAGCCGCUUGCCGUGUACUCGUACCUGCACAUUGGCCUCAUGCAAGCCCUGGGAGCUUUCCUUGUGUAUUUCACUGUCUAUGCACAGGAGGGCUUUCUGCCCCGCAGUCUCAUUAACCUGCGGGUAGAAUGGGAGAAGGACUACGUAAAUGACUUGGAAGACAGCUAUGGGCAGGAAUGGACAAGGUACCAGAGGGCAUACCUAGAAUGGACGGGCUACACGGCUUUCUUUGUUGGCAUCCUAGUCCAGCAAAUAGCAGAUCUGAUCAUCAGGAAAACGCGGAGGAAUUCCAUCUUCCAACAGGGUCCCUUCAGAAAUAAAGUCAUCUGGGUGGGGAUCGCCUCACAGAUUGUCAUUGGGCUGGUCCUCUCCUAUGGCCUUGGAAGUGUCACAGCCUUGAGUUUCACCAUGCUUAGGGCUCAGUACUGGUUUGUGGCUGUGCCGCACGCCAUCCUGAUCUGGGUGUAUGACGAGGUGCGGAAGCUCUUCAUCAGGCUCUACCCUGGAAGCUGGUGGGAUAAGAACAUGUAUUAUUAAGACCACCUCACUUCCUAUGUCUCACAGUGGCACGUUGGGGCGCACUUGUUCAUCUUCUGACCAUUUGCUGGGAGAUUCCUCUGAAGGGCAGACGUUGUCAAAAUUCAACAAGAGGAAAUUUUCAUGCAGAAAGCUGUAUGCAGGAUACUCACUGAUGUUUUGCAUUUUAAAACUGAAAUUGAACUCUUUAUAUAGGAUCUUCUCUUCUAUCUCCAUCUCCUUGUUAAAAAAAUAUGUACAUUUUGAGGUAAUGGUACAGGGAA